AUGGCCGCAUACGCUCCUCCUCCAGUACCACCACGUCCUUACUCUGCAAGCGGCCACCCAAGAGAAACUUCUUUGCCUCCUCCGAUCCCGCCUCUGCCGCCCAAUUUUCGUAAGGAAGAACCACUUGCUGCCCCGCGUCCUCAGCGAUUCAAUCCAGAUAUACCUGCAGAUAUGGCACGCACUCUUGACGAACAGCUGGCAUACAACGGACCCCGUCUCGCAACACCUCAACCACCUCCAGGAGGCCCGAACAUGGGCAUCAACCUCGCACCAGGUUUCGCAUUUCCAGGCGCUCCGCCUCCACUCUACAGCCCACCUCCGAUGAGCAGUAUGGGCUCGCCGAUGAUCCCGAUGCCGCAGAUUCAGGCCGAUGAUGGUGCUCUCGCUUCGUCUAUGGGCGGUCUUUCGCUUAAUGGCCCGUACCCACCGAGACAGAGGGCUGUGAGCCAAUUUUCACCUGGAUUGCCUGUGCCAAACAUGGGAGACGGUGCACCCAGAGUGAGAACACUUAGUACAGCUGGUCCUCCACCAAACUAUGACCCAUCGAGUUUCACAAAUCCGCCUAUUCCUCAAAAUUCUUCUCAACCGAGAACAUCUUCCCCGCCACGUGCGCCAAGCCUCACUGCACCGCUUCCUACUGUUUCCACUUUACAAGCUGCACUCCCUGCCGUACAAGCACCCAACGCAGACGUUGGCAGCAAAGUAGCAUGGAUACGUGAUGUUCUUUUACUCGUGAACCGCUCGACGGCGUCCACAAGCAACAAGGCACCCACAAGCAUUGAUCCGAUUUCAGGGCCAGCAGUCAUUACCGAACCUGUGUUGCAACGCCUCGCCGAUGCCGCCGUGCCAAUGCUAAUGACUCUAGCGCCGGGCGCUCCUGCACAGGGACAGCAGCUCACUGCGCCGCUUGCCGAGGCCUUGCAUUUACGCGCGUGUCUUAUUUCUGCUGGUACCUUCCCGACACACCUACCACAAAAUCAACGCACAGCUUUCCGCGAGUUUGAGGCUGCUGCCCGUUCAGGUUUUUCACCCGCGUCUUGGUUCCGGCUUGGAAGAGAUUAUGAAUCAUUCGGCGACGCGACACAUGCCGUUGGCUGUUUCGACCGAGGAGCGAGGGCGGGUGAUGAAAGCUGUUUGUACAGGUUAGGUAUGGCGAACCUAUUGGGACAACUCGGCAUACCACAAGAUUAUGGAAAGGCUUUACCAAUGCUACAACGUGCGGCAACGCUCGCGAGUAUCACUGUCCCACAGCCAGCAUACGUUUUUGCUCUCAUUCUCCUGGGAGACUCGUCCGGGUCUACACUUCCGCUCAAUAGUCCAGUUCCUCAACAUCUCAUCACCCCUCUAAUUCCACCGGGUUCUACACCUCAAACGGAGGCUCGCAAACAUCUCGAGAGAGCAGCGUAUCUCCACUUCACGCCAGCACAAUAUAAACUUGGCCAUGCCUAUGAAUUUGCAGAAGCACCGUUCCCAUUCGACCCACUGCUCAGCGUGCAGUACUAUUCACUAGCAAGCCAGUCGGGUGAACCCGAAGCUGAUUUAGCGCUUAGCCGAUGGUUCCUGUGCGGCUCAGAUGGAGGCGGCGGAGGACCGGGGGCGGUGAACGAAGCCGAAGGCUUCAAACGCGAUGAAAACCUUGCUUUCGUUUUUGGCGAGAAAGCCGCAAAGAAAGGUUUACCGGCUGCUGAGUUCGCAAUGGGAUAUUACUGGGAGGUUGGGGUUGGGGUUCCCGCUCCUGACGUCAAAACAGCGAUUGGGUGGUAUGAACUUGCUGCGAAUCACGGAAAUCCCGAUGCUGUUCAGCGUCUGGAAGCUCUGAAGAAAGAGAGCGGGCAAGCCCUUACUCGGCAAGAGCACGAAGCGAUUACCGAACACAAGCUUGUGCGGAAACGUACUCAGGCCAAGCAGCGCUCUGAAGCUUCUGGUGCACGCGUUACGCCCUCAGUAGCAGGAAGGGGGAACGCGAAUCAAGUUGUAGAAGGGAUCAAGAAGACUGAGCAAGCACAACAUAGGCAGUCUUACCAACCUCGUCAUUCAUCGCUCGGUGCGAUGGCACAACAGCAGCAGCUUCCCACUUCUUCACCGCCUAUGACACACGCAAAUAUGCCAAGCCCGAAUCCAAACUCUCAAGACCCUAUGCAGCGUCUACGCGAUCGUCCACGCUAUUCUCUCGUAGACCCGGGAUCUGCUUCUGGGUCACCACCUCCAGGCCGAACUGGUUCACCACAAAGGACUGCGGGACGUGGUGGGGGCCGCAUCGUGUCAGGUGGUUACUCGCCGAAGUCGGAUAAUGCGAGUCUUCCGCCUAGCUCAAAUCCCGCUACUCCACCUGCUACAGAGUCGAGCAAGCCAUCAGCUGGAGGAGGCACACGCUACAAUACAUUCGCGGAGAUGGGUGUACAGAGCGGACGAGCGGAGGAUAAAGACUGCGUAAUCAUGUAGAAGGAGUGAUGAGUGUAUCUCUCCAAGUCGGACUCUUACAGCUGGAUGUUCCAAUUUUUGCUGUUUUACAAAUUUGAUUAGCGUUCAGUACAUUUCACGAUUUUUUUAACCCAACGUACAAUACUUAUAUCCCAGAACCACUUCUUGUAAUUAACUUUUCCUCACCUCUCCUGUCUGCUGUUUCUUUUCUUUCUUUCCGUUCAGACAUUAAACAACUAAUGGACGUUUCACUCUGACUUCGUGAUUGACUCUGUGCAGAGGAUGUUACCAUAAUA